AUGUGCACGAGGCAGGCGCCGCACAAGCCAGAGAAGGUGUCUCUCAUUUGCGGCCUGCUGCGCCAGUCUCCUCCUGGGGAGUUCGGCCAGGUUGUCCGAGAUCUCUCUGCUCUGGUCCAAGACAACAAGCUGGUGAGGCAGGAGGCUGCCCGCGUGGGGGCCUGUCACAACAAGAACAAUUUCACCCCCGUCCAAAUAAACGGGCGCACCGUGCUACUGACCCACUACAACAACUUAGGGGGAAACCGCUUCUUUGACCCCCAGGACAAAUUGUCUUUUGAGUUUGACCACCUGCGUGGGGUAACCAGCAAAGCCCAGCUGCACGGUGUGAUGCUAGAUGAGGGGGAACUGUGGCGAGAGGCCCUCCACAAGGGCUUGAAGGCCUACGUGAGCUGCCACUUUCCUGUAGGGAACUGCUGCGUGUUCAGAAAAAGCCUGGGGAAGAAGCAGCUGUUUGUGGCCUGCAUUGAGGCUCAUCAGUACCAGCCUUCAAAUCACUGGAACAGCCUUUGGAAGUCAGACUGGACUUUUGCCCUAACUCCAUUUACCACUCAGGUUACGGGGAUCUUUCUCCUCCAGAUACACUACUUCAAAGAUGCCAACCUCCAUGUAACUGUCAGCAAGUCUGUGAGUGAGACUCUAAAUGUGAUAGACCAAAGUCAGUUUGCUACAGAUUUUGUGAAAUUUGUGAAAGCUGAGGACACCAAGUUUCAUAUUGCCAUUCUGGAAAACAUUCAGGCUUUGUCAGAGGAUAUAUGGGGGAAAAAUCUGCGGAGGAAACUCCCUGUUACUCGCACUUUUAUGAACUGGAAUAAACUAUUGAAUGAUCAGCAUCUGAACACUAAUGUCUCCAAUACAGAAGUGCCUUCAUGCUUACUGAAACACACUAUUUGA